AUGGCAUUAUAUCCUCCCAUAGACCCUUUCAAGACUGAGAUGCUCUCAGUAUCUCCUGUUCAUUCCCUUUAUGUUGAACAGAGUGGUAACCCCACUGGCAGCCCCAUCAUCUAUGUUCAUGGAGGGCCUGGAGGUGGAACCAGUGCUGGUGAUCGUCAGUACUUUGAUCCUGCUACUUACCGUAUCAUUGUCUUUGACCAAAGAGGCGCUGGCAAGUCUACUCCCUCUGCUUCUCUAGAUGGAAACGAUACUUGGUCUCUUGUUGCUGAUAUCGAAAAGAUUAGAGUCCAUCUUGGUAUUCACAAAUGGGUUGUGUUUGGUGGUUCAUGGGGCUCUACCCUUGCCCUCACAUAUGCCGAAUCUCAUCCCGAGGCUGUCAAGGCUUUGAUCCUCAGAGGCAUCUUUAUGCUGCGUCCUUCUGAAAUCAAGUGGUUCUAUCAAGAAGGCGCUAGCCAUAUCUUUCCUGAUUUCUGGGACGACUAUCUCAAUGCUAUCCCAAAGGAGGAACAUGGCGAUCUGGUCACCGCCUACUACAAACGCUUGACUAGCUCUAAUGAAAUAGAGCGUCUUGCUGCCGCAAAGGCUUGGAGCAAAUGGGAGUGUGCUACUUCUAAACUCUUUGUUGAUGAGAAGAUGAUUGCUCAAGCCGAAAAUGAUAUCUGGUCGCUUGCAUUUGCUCGUAUUGAAUGCCACUACUUUGUCAAUAAUGGCUUCUUUGAUUCUGACUCGUGGAUUCUUGAUAAUGUGCACAAGAUCAGACAUAUUCCUUGCGUCAUUGUCCAGGGUCGGUACGAUGUGGUGUGUCCUAUGCGUUCUGCGUGGGAUCUCUCUAAAGCUUGGCCUGAAGCUACUUUGCAUGUGGUUGCCAAUGCUGGCCAUUCUGCAAAGGAAAGUGGUACCACCACUAAACUGGUCGAAGCCGCAGAUUCUUUCCGUUCUCUCUAGAAUAUUUAAAACCGACGCAUGAUGUGUUUGCUGUAUUCACAUAAAUGGGAUGCUAUCUUGCAGUGAUUGUCACGGAAAUAAAUGAUUGAACAUUCGUUACGCUUUAUUAUUGG